CACACAGCCGCUGAAGCUUUCUCUUUGAAGACAAGACAGCAUCUCAACUCAGCUCAUCACUAACCACAGCAGUACAGAAGAAGAAAUGGCCCAGAUGAGAGCCCCUGUGAUUGUACUGCUGGUGCUACUGGCUUUGGGGCUCUUUGCUACGGAAACUUCUGCAGCUAAACAACCACGUCGUAGGAGAGGAUGCUGUGAGAGUUAUACUCUUCGUAAAACACCUUUCGCAGUUAUCGAAGGCUAUACCAUACAGACCAUAUCAGAAACCUGCCGUAUCUUUGCCAUCAUGUUCCACACUAAAAAGGGUAAUGAUGUGUGUGCAGACCCUGACCAGAACUGGGUGAUAGAGCACGUCAUCCGACUGGGGACCAAAGCGUCUCACAUCAAGACCUCACAGGCCUAAUCCAAUGAUGUCAUCACAACUCAGGAUAUAAAGGAAUAGUACGCAGUCAAAAACUGAACUCAACACCUACUGUUAAUCUUUCCUCUCAGCACCAAGAACCAAAUCAAUAACAAGGGUGUCACAAGACCCAGCUACCUGUUUCUUCUUAGUUCUAUACUUUCUGGGGUGAUUUUAUGUAAAUAUAUUUUGUAAAUAUGAAGGAUAUUUUUAUAAUAUAACACAUUUUUUAUAUACAAGAGGUUUAUGAUCUCAUUGUAAGAGCAUCAGAAAAUUCAUACUUUGUAUGUUUUUAUUCAUUAACUUUGGUUGCUUCUGUUACGUUUUUUCAUCU